CGUGAACAAGCCUGACCCCGCCUCUCCGCUUCCUGCGCGAGCUGCACCGCUUCAGCCGCUCCGUUUUGUACCGCCUUCAAAACUCGCGUGCGUCAUUAACGGCGGCACGAGGGAGCACCGAUUUUAGGAGACCGCGAUCACGUCGAGCGCGAGCAGGAUGCGGCGACUGCCUCGGUCCGGCGACGCGCUGCUGUCUCCAUGGCGACCCAGCGCUUGUUUUUGACCCCUGACCUCUGACCUUCUGCUGAAGAUGGCGAGCCAGAGGAGGCACCUGGUCAGGGACUUUAAUCGCUACAUCACCUGCUCCGUGUGCCGGGGUUACCUGAUCAAACCCACCGCGGUCACCGAGUGCCUCCACACCUUCUGUAAGAGCUGCAUCGUCCAACACUUUGAGGAGAGCAACGAGUGUCCUGAAUGUGGCAUUCAAGUCCAUGAAACCAAUCCUCUAGAAAUGCUGAGGUUGGAUAAAACGUUGGAGGAAAUCAUCUUUAAGCUGGUUCCUGGUCUGAGAGAGAAGGAGGAACAACAGGAAAUGGAUUUCUGGAGGAAAAAUAAAUCCAGAGCUAAUGGGGACGAAGGUCCGAGGGCUAAAAGGUCUCGUGUGAGUGAGGAAGAGGAGGACAGAGAGGAAGGUGAAGGAGGGGAUUAUCACAGGAACGACCCACAGAUCGCCGUCUGCCUCGACUGCCUGAGGAACAACGGCCAAUCAGGAGAGAGCACAGUGAAGGGUCUGAUGAAGAAGUUUAUCCGCUGCUCCACGCGCGUCACUGUCGGCACCAUUAAGAAGUUUCUUUGUGUGAAGCUGAAGUUACCGAGCUCGUAUGAGCUGGACGUUUUGUGUAACGGGGAGAUCAUGGGGAAGGACCACACCCUGGAAUUCAUCUACCGAACCCGCUGGAGACUGCAGGGUGACACAGAGUACCCCAUGGUUCUCGAGUACCGUCCUCGCAUCGACUUUGGCUAAAACCUGACCCGAACCGUGAUGGACAGAUGAAAGAGAGAGAGAGAGAAAGACAUUGGACUAAACAGACAGAAAUGACCACUUUGCUUCUCUCAUUCGACUUCCUCGUCGUUCAUCCAUCACUUAUUCCUGAGUGACAGGUCCUGACUCCGCCUCCUGCGACACAACCGUUUCUACAUGGAUGACAAAAAAAAUAAAGCACUUCAGAAAUGCACUUCUGGCAAGUUUGGAAGGAAAGAAAGUGUGUGUGUGUGUGUGUGUGUGUGUGUGUGUGUGUGUGUGUGUGUGUGUAAGACUGGCGUCUUCCUUUUUAUAUAUAUUGCUGAAGACGAAGGAAAGACGGAAAGGUUUGGAAACGUAAAUGAACAAAUGUGCCUCUUUUGUACACACACACUCACACACACACACACACGCACACACACACACACACACACAAUGGAGAAAAAGAGCCACUUUAAAUAUGCACUUAGUGGAAAGAUAGAUGGCGGCCAUUUUGUUUUGACGUUUUUUUUUAUGAGUUUUAUGAGUCACUGCCCUGCUGAAAAAAAACAACCAAUAGAAACCAUCACAGAAAUUCUAAAGGUUUCCACUACAAAUACCACUACAAACCAUCAUCUAACCAUUAAAACCGUUACCAUUAUUGAUCCUUAAUGGUAUCCACUAGACAUAACAUGUUACCCAUAGAAGGCAACAAAUUACCAGUAGAGACCCACAGCUUCCAUUAAAACCAAUACAAUUCCCAUUAUAACCAUUAAAACCAUUACAAAUUCUAAGAGGGUUUCUAUUGUUUAUUUGUUUUUUAGUUGUUUAUUUUUAGCAGGGUUAUCUGAAGCUCAUUUCAACUCUGAUAUUUAUGAAGUGACUCUGAUCCCAGAUCUGUAAGCUAUGUCUAAAAAUCACGUACUUCAUGUACUCUUAGUGUUGCUCUAUAAACAUCCGGGUACUAGAUAGUCAGCUAUGUAGUGUACACUGUAUGAAUAUAGUGCGUAGUGUGCGAUUUGAGACACACACACACACACACACACACACAGGUCAGGACUCUUCAAAUACGAUGAUCAAAUCUCUAUGUCUGUUAAAUUAAUUGAAAUCUGGCUUCCUUAAUCACAUCUUCAUCUUCAUCUUCAUCAUCCAGUCACGUCAUGAAAUUAACCAGCGGAGGAAAUGGGAUGAGGAAAUAAGCACCCAAAGCUGUAUUUUUGUAUCUCAGUGACUCGCGUGUGUAAUGAUGAGAUUUGAUGUUUUUAAUAAUCAGAGAUGUUGCUGCUGUUUAGAGUAAUUUAUUAUUCUAUUUUGAAAUAUAUAAUCGUGCGCCUUCACCUCUUCAAAGCUGCACGUGACUGCUGUACGUGACGUGAUAUCCCUUACUGUUUCAUUACUGUGAAGAUUAAAAACGUGGAAAAUGUCA